GCCGUGUUUCAAGCGGUGCUUCCCAGAGUGGGCGGUACUACCCCCUGGGAAAGGGGAGGGGUGGGGGUGGAAAUGACCACCAGACUUGGAAAAGCUAGCCUCACUGGAAUAAGUUCGUCAAUUUUGUGGAGCUCAUUAAACUAGGAUAGUUUCCAUUGGAAUUUGAAUAAAUAUGCAAUUAAUGAGUUAUCUUGAGGGAAUCAAGUCCCGUUUGCUAAAUCAAAACUCCCGUCCAUUUAGGGCAGCAGCAGAUGUUCUCCAAUUCAAAAAGGCCAAGGAAACCUAUGAAUGAAAAUGUUACAGUAUGAAUACCACAACUUACUAAGUACCUGUGUGCUUGUAUAUGUAAUCAAAAGUAUGGGAAGCAAUGAAGAAUAAAACAUUCAGCAACUGCAAAGAUCUGGGGAGUCGGGACAUACUUUAUUUAAAAAUAAAUAAAUCACGUGGUCACUGAGUUUCUGAGUCAUUUCCUGGAAAGGAAACACCCAGUAACUAAAAACUGAGAAAGUGAAACUUAACUCGGGUCUUUGGGGCGAGGGAGCCAUGGCUGUUGCUGGGCGUCCCGUCCAGAAUCUUUGCGAUGAAGCCACUUGCUCCAUCUGCCUGGAAUAUUUUAAGGAUCCAGUGAUCAACGCAGAGUAUGGGCACAACUUCUGCCGAUCCUGCUUGAUCCAGUGCUGGGGAGAAUCGGAGGCAGAGGCUUCCUGCCCUCAGUGCAGAAAAAGAGUCCAGAGAAGGAGCCUCAUCCCCAACAGGCAAUUGGCUAAUGUGGUAGAAAUAGCCAAGAAUCUCAGCCUUCAAGAGGGAAAGCAGGAAGGAGGGAAAGGGAGAUUCUGUGAGAAGCACCAGGAGCCCCUGAAGCUCUUCUGCAAAGUCCACGAAGCCCCCAUCUGCCUGGUGUGUGACAGAUCAAAGGAACAUGAAAAUCACAAGGUGAUUCCUCUGGAAGAGGCUUUUAAGGAAUACAAGGGAGAGAUCUGUCACUACCUGAAGAUUCUGAGGAAAGAGAGAGAGGAAAUUCUGGCCUAUCAAGCAGACCUGGGCAAGGAAAGCAAAGACCUCCUGAAAUUAACAGAAACGGAGAGGUUGAAGACUGUGGAGAAGUUCAGAGAACUGCAUCAGUUCCUAGAAGAAAAAGAAAAGCUUCUGCUGACUCAUGUGGAAGAGGUGGAGAAGGAGAUUGCAGGGGAAAGGGAUGAGCAGCUGGCCAGACUCUCCAGGAAACUCUCCUCUCUUGAGAACAUCAUCCAGGAGAUGGAAGAAAAGUGUCAACAGCCAGCGAGUGAACUCCUGCAGGGAGAGAUCUGUCACUACCUGAAGAUUCUGAGGAAAGAGAGAGAGGAAAUUCUGGCCUAUCAAGCAGACCUGGACAAGGAAAGCAAAGACCUCCUGAAAUUAACAGAAACUGAGAGGCUGAAGGCUGUGGAGAAGUUCAGACAACUGCGCCAGUUGUUGGAAGAACAAGAGAAACGUCUCCUAGAUGAUGUGGAAGAGGUGGAGAAGGAGAUUGCAGGGAGAAGGGAUGAACAGCUGGAGAGACUCUCCAGGAAACUCUCCUCUCUGGACAGGAUCAUCCGGGAGAUGGAGGAAAAGGGACAGCAGCCAGCGAGUGAACUCCUGCAGGAUGUGAGAAGCACCUUGCAGAGGUAUGAGAAAAGAGAGAGUCCAGAGAAGCCACUUGCUUUCCCCCCAGAACUGAGGAACAGGAUCUUGGAAUCCUGUGAUCUAAAGCACCUUGUGGAGGAUGCAAUGAAACAAUGGAAAGAUGCUGUGUUAUACAGAAAACCAAUUCAGAAAGAUGUUCAGUCAUUCAGAAAUCUUCAGAGAGCAAAUGUGACUCUGGAUCCAGACACAGCCUAUCCCUGGCUCAUCCUGUGGGAAGAGGGGAAAGGCGUGAGCUGGGGAGACGAAGAGCAAGACCUGCCCGACAAUCCUGAGAGAUUCAAUGAGGAGCCUUCUGUGUUGGGACGUGAGGGAUUCACAGCAGGCAGCCAUUUCUGGGAAGUCUAUGAGGGAAGUGGGGAAAUGUGGGCUAUGGGGGUUGCCAGGAAGUCUGUGGAGAGAAAGGGCCGCUUCCCCUUAAGCCCUGAGGAGGGGGUGUGGGCUGUGGAGAAGUGGGGAGAUGAGUACUUUGCCUGCACCUCCCCUGAUUCCUCUCCUCUGUACCUGAGUUGGGAGCCCAGGAGGAUCCGGGUGACUCUGGACUAUGAAGGGGGAUGUGUGUCUUUCUCUGACGCUGACUCAGGAGCCGAACUCUACACGUUCUCAGGAGCCUCAUUCUCUGGAGAGACCCUCCUCCCUUUCUUUUAUCUGGAUGACUUUCAAACCUACCUCGGUAUCUCCUGAAGAGACUAAAUCUGCCUCUCAGGCCCAUUAGAUGUUUCUCUCCAGACUGGAGUGACCGACAUAAAAAACAUUUACACGCCAAGAGUACAUUGGGCAGUAUUUCAAGAACCCUUUGAGAGGAUUAAUUAGUCUAAAUCAGCAGAAUUAACAAAUCAAAAAUGGGUUGCUGUUGCUUUGUAUUUUCCUUUUCCCAGAAUUUCCUCUGCACCUUUUUAAAGAGACUGUCACAUUUUUGAGAGUCCUAAUAAUAAAUUUAUUCACCUUCAAUCUUGUUUUCCUUUUGAGAUGUCUGAUUUGGCAGAGCUCAAAACUCUUAAUCCCAGGGUCGUGGGUUUGAGCCCAACGUUGGGCAAAGGUUUCCUGCACUGCAGGGGGUGAGACAAGAUGACCCUCAGGACCCCUCACAACUCUGCAAUUCUAGGAAAUCUUCCUCUCCCCACAAUACCGUAUGCAGUUGUUAAAAUACAUGCAUCAUUGGAUUAAUAGAUGACUAAAAAAUGAACCCCUUCACCCACAUCAGGCAGGAUAGCUCCUUGCUCUAGAGACCUUAGACGGGAAGAAAAUGUAAAAGAAAAUGAACAGGGUGUCAGCUUCAAAUGCCCUCUGCAAAUACAGCCUCACCAUGUCAGAAAUAAACCUCAUUGCAUUGAGUGGGGCCUCUGCCCAGUUAUAUGUGUUUCCAGAGGAUGCAUUAAUGUUCCUUAUUUACAGGCUGGAUUCUGUCUAUCGGGGGCAUCAAAUGGGGUGUCCUCUGGAUAAUGCUGGACUCCAACUCCCCUCCGACCCCUCCAGCAUGGCCAGGGGGCAGAGAGG